AUGGACACAAAUGAGGAACACAGGUUGACGACGCUUCGUGAGGAGCUUGCACGGGCCAGGAGUCAGCUAGACGCAGAGCGUACUCAGCGAGCUCUCGACGAAGCCGCCGCCCGCGAACAAAGCGAUCGUGAUGCCGCAGACAGACAUCGGGCCAUGAUGGAACAAAUGAAUGAUCUCACGACCUUGCUUCGAGGGCAGCGUGACGAGCUGACCAGCCACAGAGAACGGAUGGAAGAUUCCAUAGUUGAGGACAGUCGGCGGACAGCCGAGAAGGACGCUAGACUCGCAGCCUUGGAGAGCGAUCUGUCGCGAAUACGGCGGGACCAAGCAACAGAAAGCACGCGUCUGGAGGAAGCGAGGGCCGCUGCGGCGACCAAACCAAGUGAUGGAGCGCGAUGGCAAGCCGUCGAAACAGUCCUGCAAGAGAUUCGACAGAGAAGUGAUGAACACAGGGAGAUGAUCAAUGAUUUCUCACACCAAAUGCGCGAAGAGUCUGCAAGGCGACAUGAGCAACUUCAACAGAUGUUGCUGUCUUCGGCUUCGGCUCGCGAGAGCGUCUCGUUCAGUGAUCCAGGCUCUGUACAGUAG